UCCUGGGGAUUACCGGAUCCGGCAGGAGUGGCUAGCCCUAAGACGUAACAGUCGCCUCCGAAGUCCGGAACAUCAACGAAGGCUUCUGGAAGCCUGUCACCGGUCUCGCCACGUGAGGUCGUUGUAUCUAUUCUCCUUCACUUCACUUCACACCCAAGACAAAAUAUCCUUCAUUCGGGGAAUCAUUGUCCUUCUCGACGGAUUGUCGACGGCACGAUGAUUCCACCGGUCCCUGUCCUCGCCGACUACGGCAUCUCACCAGAUCAUGGCUUUCUCCCACCGGAGCUGCCACUAGAUGUUCUACCAGACCCGUACUACGCGCCAUGGGAGUCGAUUGUCGCCAGCCUGCAGAGGCUCUUGCUGAGCAAGAGACUCCGCCAGACAAUUGACCGAUUGACCGUUCUCUCCACUGAGUACCUCCAUACCGACGCCGAAUGGAGAAGAGCGUAUACCGUCCUGACAUUUAUGCUGCAUGGUUAUGUUUGGGGUGGCGACAAGCCGGCAGAGCGGAUUCCACCUCAAUUGACGAUUCCUCUAUUCGAGGUCUGCAAGCGUCUGGAGAUGCCUCCGGUUGCCACAUAUGCUGGUCUCUGCCUGUGGAAUUACCGGCCCAUCUUCCCUGAUGAGCCGGCGGAUGAUCUCAGCAACAUCGCUUGCAUCAACACCUUCACGGGCUCGAUGGACGAACAAUGGUUCUACCUCGUUUCCGUAGCCAUUGAGGCUCGCGCGGCACCCAGUAUCCCCCUGAUGCUGCAGGCCAUUUCUGCUGCCCGAUUAGGAAAUACUAGUGUCGUCAUCGAGUGUCUCCAGGAUUUCGCGGAGAUCGUGGAUGAUGUUAGUACUAUCCUCCAACGAAUGUAUGAGAACUGUGACCCUCACGUUUUCUACCACCGUAUCCGGCCCUUCCUCGCAGGCAGCAGGAACAUGCAGGAUGCAGGCCUACCCAAUGGCCUGUUUUACGACGACGGUAGCGGAAAGAAGGACUACCGCCAGUACGGCGGUGGAAGCAACGCGCAGAGCUCGAUAAUCCAAUUCUUCGAUAUCGUGUUGGGCAUAGAGCAUCGUCCAACUGGCGUCACCCGUAGUGACAAGGAUGAGAAUUCCUCAGACGGUGCAGCGCCCAAAGCACGGCACAACUUUAUUCAUGAGAUGCGAGAGUACAUGCCCGGUCCACAUCGACGGUUCCUCGAACAUGUCACCAGCGUCGCCAACAUUCGCGAGUAUGUUGAAGCGCGUCGGUCAGACAAGGCCCUCAGCACUGCCUACGAUGCAUGUCUCGCGAUGUUGCGGGAGUUGCGUGACAAGCACAUCCAGAUGGUGUCGCGCUACAUUAUCAUCAAAUCCAGACAGUCGCGAACCCAGUCACGGUCAAUCAGCCCUAAGCGGCCGAUCGCCAUGAAUAUUGCCAAUACCAGACAGGGAGACUCGAACAAGCCGGGAGGCAAGAAGCUUCGCGGCACGGGAGGGACAGCAUUGAUUCCGUUCCUGAAACAGGCGCGCGAUGAGACAGGCGAACCAGCCAUCGAUGCUUGGGCUAGGCGUCUGCUGAGCAAUGGUCCGGCAGGCUCUAGCUUUGCCUCUCUAGGCAAGGUUGACGAGCAUGCUGACGGUCACAUCGAGAUCGUCGGCAUGGCAGGCACGUGGGCCAUGGAUGACAGUGAAGGCGGCAUCUGCCAUUGGUAGUGUGUUUGUCGGGUUACAACUGCCCGUGUACGAUGUGGAUGAUGAUGUGUACGACCUUUUCUUAUAUAAAAUUCUGGCUGGCGUUUUGGAUGGAAAGCUAUUUGGCAUUUUGGGUUCCAGGCAUUGGCUUUCGUUUUGUCGUACAGAGAUUUCCUUGAGCGUGCAUAGCCACUCAACUCACCUUGACCUGCUGGUGCUACGGUUGAACCGUCUACAUUCCGAGAGAUGUACAUAUGGGUCUCGGUUACCGAAGGAGCAUAAUGUCCUAUCAAGACAGUUUCUUAAUAUUCAGAUUGAUUUUCCUCUCGUCCAACAUGCUACUACUACU